UGGAGAAGUGCAACAAAACCACCAGUCAACAGAUUACAGAACUACCAGUCCACUGCUGGGGAUUGAGUGUUUUCUUUUCUUUGUCCAAUUUCCAGUUCCAUCUAUUAAUUUUCUAUGAAAAUUCACAUACAACUUUUAUGUCUCUUUGACAACAGCAACUUCUAUCUCUCUCUCUUUCUCUCUCUCUCUCUCUGUAAAGCCCUCUCUUUCCUUCAACUUUGGAAAAUUUUGAUCAAGGUGGUCCAAUGGCCAGGCCUGGCAACAAGAUCAUACAAGCCAAACUGGUGGGUGCUUCUAGGGGACAUGGGAACUGGAAAAACCAGCUUGGUAUUAAGAUUUGUCAAAGGCCAGUUUUUUGAUCACCAGGAACCAACAAUAGGAGCAGCUUUCUUCACUCAGAUACUGUCCUUAAGUGAAGCCACUGUGAAGUUUGAUAUAUGGGACACAGCAGGACAAGAACGGUAUCAUAGCUUAGCUCCUAUGUACUAUCGUGGUGCAGCAGCCGCUGUAGUCGUGUAUGACAUCUCAAGCACGGAUACGUUCACUCGAGCCAAAAAAUGGGUUCAAGAAUUGCAAAGGCAAGGGAAUUUAAGCUUAGUGAUGGCAUUGGUGGCAAAUAAGUGCGACUUGGAGGCGAAAAGAGAGGUCGAGAAUGAGGAAGGGGAGCAAUUUGCUCAAGACAACGGGAUGUUUUUCUUGGAAACAUCAGCCAAAACUGCACAGAAUAUCAAUGAGCUAUUCCAUGAAAUAGUGUUCAGAAUUUCAGAUGUGCAAUGCUUACACAUCAUGUUCCUUUCCACCUAUGCAGCAAAGAGAUUAGCAAGAGCUUGCCCCUCAAAGCCUCCCGGAGUGAAUCUAAUCAACGAAACACGAGACAGAAGAAGAAAGUCGUUUUGUUGCUUGGGGUGACGACCAUGCACUGCGGCAGUCUGUUUCUUGAAAGAUCCCAUUUUGCCUCUUAUUGAUUCAGGGGUUGUUUUCUUCAAAGUGUAAGAGGGUGUCUCAACAAAUUGCUCACAGGAAAUCAAAGAAGUACUUACCUAAAAGUGUUCAAAAGUUUAAGAACAAACUUGUAACAUCUGUAAAUUCGUAUAAGCUCUGCAGAAUAUGAAUAUCCAUGCUGCCUUUGAUCAUCUUAUGUGACUUAUGUUCAUAGAAACCAUAUGAAGCAUAAAUU